UUUAUUUCGUGUUCCGACUAGCAUUUGCGCGGACCCACCCUUUUUCAAAUUUCAUCUAUUCUCAUAUACCGGUAUAGUUCAACCAUGCCUGCUUGCUUAAUUCCUCACCGAUCCUGUCCUUUGCAUCCGAGACAUAUUAUCAGUCAAGAGCAGCAUGGGGUAUGUAUUAUUAAUACCUUGAUUUUUCUUGUUUCUCCUUUGUAUACAUAUUAUUCUUUCUAUUGGGUUUGUUUUCAUUUCUUGUGUAUUUGGUUUUCUCCCAAGUUUCUUUACCCUUUCGCGUUUGUACCUCCUGCACCAUUUGUUUGAUCAACGCUGUCGGGACGGGAAUGUCCUCGAUGCGCGAAGGUACUCCUGGAUGAACUAUGACCUCGCAUUUCAAUGAAUUCUGCGUUUCUUUGUCACAUGGAA